GUUAAAUAGAUUUUUAGAAACUGGCAAAACCGGUCGAAUCGCUGUAGUAAAAAUAGGUCCAUGAAUUUCGUCCAGGUACACAGUAAUCGUGUUAGGGUGUGUUUGGGCAGUGUUCUACACAUUUAAAAAUGACGAUGGAGCGGGAGACCGAGUACAACACGGAGCUGACCAAGAUCCACCACACCAACUAUGUCCGCAACAGCCGGGCCAUCGUGGUCCUGUGGGCCAUCUUCACCUGCAUCUUCUUCAUCCUCAACGUGGUCGUGUGGAUUCAACCACAGUGGAUAGGGGACACGGGUGAUAGCGCAGUGGCAGGCUUCUUCGGACUCUAUAAGUACUGCGUCGAGUCGACCAUUGGCAGCGACUUUAUGUGUAACGGCGACUUUAUUUCCUGGACCACAAUCCUCAACGAGUACUUCAAGGCCACCUCCGUGAUGGUUGGUGUCAGUUGCCUUCUCUCAAUAGCCAGUAUCGCAUGUUUCCUGCUCUUCUGUCUACUGAACACCGCCACUGUGUUGAGGAUAUGCGCAUGGAUGCAACUUCUUUCAGGUACCCUGAUCGCCGUGUCCUGCAUCGUUUACCCCGGGGGCUGGGACCAGCAGGAGGUCAAGCUGGUCUGUGGGCUGCAGGCGGGCAGCUACAACAUCGGUGUGUGUGGGAUGAGGUGGGCCUACGCCCUGGCCAUCGUCCUUAUCUUCGACGCUUUCAUCCUCUGUAUCCUGGCCUUCGUGCUGGCGGCCAAACAGGCCAAUCUCCUGCCCCAGACUUACAAAAAUGAGAAAGAGAACGCGCCCUACUUCCUGCCCGACCCACGCACCCAGAAUGUUGCCGCCAUUGACCACUACAACGACUACUACCUGUCGGAGUAUGCGCUGUCGUCUGCUGCAAGACCAAACAGACGAUACUAAAAACUUCUCGAAUACAUUUUCUUUAAAUUAAAUUUAUUUAAAACCCUGUUCUUAUUUUUAAAUCCACAACUGGAUCUUUCUUUAACAUAAGUUUAUUUUGUUAACAAUCAAGUUAUGAUUUUUACUUCAUCUCUUUAAAAUGUUAUGGUAUGAAGUAAAUUAGAAUUUGGUUGGCUUUAAAGGUAGUUUAAUUAAUAACGAACAAUGUCCGCAAUAUGUGAUUGUGUCGGGCACGUGAAACAAAUAAGUGCUCACGUUUUUUCAACAUUGUAAUUGUCUUCAAGAUAAGCUUUCAUAUCUCACCAAUGUACAUACUUACCUAGUAUCCAGCAUAAACAUGUCUCCUGACUCCCGUUUUGUACAGUGAAUAAAAUAUUUACAUACCA